AUGGAGAUAUUGGAGCGAGAAGAGGACAUUCUGGAGGCAGAACGGAUACGUAAGGACGUGAUUAAGGUCCGAUUUCAACUUGGAUUUUAUGAGAAACAGAUCAGGAAUGAGGAUAACAACCCAAAGUGGAUUUGCUUGCCCUCAUCACAACUGAGCCAACAAUUGCCAACUUUAUUAAGAAAAUGGAAUAUCAAGGUGAUAAGAAAGGAGAAGAAAACACUUUUCACCCGUCUGCCAACGCAACACGAGAAGACUGAUAAACUUGGGUGUCGGGAAGUUGUUUGA